AUGUCGAAAGAGACUCCCAAUGUCGCAUAUCUGCGUUCGAUUAUAUCAUCGAUCACCGCUUCGAUUGAUGCAUACGAGACCACUGUCGAUCCUUCGCAAAGAUCGAGCUUCCUUUCCAGCGUCGCUCAAAAUUCCAAGCAGCUUCAAAAUGCAUGUACAUCGGCUUCUGACGCUUUCGUGGACUUUACCUUCCAGCCAAUGGCCAAUGCAUGCGUACGAAUUGGGCUCUCGAUGAACUUGUUCGACCACCUACCUACUGAUAGAGGUAUAGGGGUAGAAGAAUUGGCAGACGUCUGCGAAACGGAACUGGAUCUGACCAGGCGUAUUACAAGGGGACUCGUCGGACUAGAUGUAAUAAGUCGGGAUGACAGUAAUGGGUUGCUGUCACACACACCAAUGUCUCUCAUAUAUGCUGAUCCAGCUCGACGGUCGUGGGCGAUCUGGAUGUUUGAUGUGAUGGGCAAGGGUUGCAGUUCAGGCAUCGGGCCAUACUUUGAUAACAGCUCCAGACCAAUCAAGAAUCCCUCGGACUCACGAAACUCUCCCUUUACCACUGCGCACARCGCGAAAGACAUGAGUGUAUUCGACAUUGUCAAGCAAAUUGGAAAGCUUCCACUUUUGAAUAGCGCAAUGUCGGGGACAAGUGUGGUGUGUGCCAAAGAAGCAGUAGCAUCGUUUGAUUUUGGUAGCCUCGAAGCUUUUGGAAGUGGCGUCGUGCUUGUCGAUGUAGGUGGAGCACAGGGACAAACUAUUCAAGAGAUCCAGAGAGCACAUCCAGGAUUGAAAGGCAAGACAGUGCUGGAAGAUCUACAAUCUGUACUCGACGAUGGUACAGUGCCAGGUUUGGAGUCGGACAUUUUGCCGUACGACUUCUUCAAGGAAGAACAACCCGUGAAAAGAGCUGCCGCAUAUCUCUAUCAACGCAUCUUCCACGAUUGGAGCGAUGCUGAUUGUUCCAAGAUCUUGGCCAGUUUGCGACCGGCGAUGGCUCCACACUCCAAGCUGCUAAUCUGCGAUGUUGUUGUUCAAGAUACAAGACCGCAUACUCGGAAAAUCCUUCGCGACAUCAACAUGUUGCUUGUUAGUGGGAUGGAAAGAAGCCAGCAGCAAUGGACUGACAUGUUGAAAGAGGGUGGUUUUCGGGUCAAGACAUUCCAUGGGCUGCAGAAUGCCGAUAACAGUAUUAUUGAGGCUUGCCUAGAAUGA